AUGGCGGCCAUCGGGAGCGCCGCCGCCGCCGCGCGAGGGCUGGCGCGCCCGGGACCGGGAGCGCGCGCCGCGGGGUGGAGGCGGCUGCUGGGCCCCAAGGAGGCGCUGAGGCUGUUGGAGGGCUCCGUGGUGCACCGGGAAGGAGCCCUGUUGGCGCUGAACAAGCCCCCGGGCCUCCCCAUUCUGGGGCGCCCUGGGGACCUGAGCCUGGAUGCACUGCUGCCGGCACUGAGACGACACCUGGGCCUCGCUGCUGAGCUCCAUGUGGUGAAGGCUCCUGCCAGGGAGUAUUCUGGCCUUGUCCUCCUGUCCAGCUGCUACCACACCACUAAGAAGCUCCAACAGUUCUUCACCAAUGCUCGCUUGAGAGGCCAGUACCCUGCCACAUAUCGUGCCAUCACCGUGGGAGUCCCGGCGGAGGUGGAGGGUGAGAUCUGCACCGGGCUGUGCUGGCAGCAGCAGGGGGACAGAGCCAUGGUGGUGCCGGUGCCAGCCCCAGGACGCCGCAGCCUGGCCAGGAAGGAUGUGAAGAGCACCCUGACACGCUACCGUGUGCUGAGCACCGUGGGGGGCUGUGCUCUCCUCCAGCUCCAGCCCAGGACAGCCUUCCCAGAACAGCUCCAAGUGCACCUGACACUGCUGCUGUGCCCAGCCCUGGGUGACCAUAAGUACUCUUCCCACGUCGGCAGGGUGCUGGGAAUGCCCUUCUUUCUGACCCCCGAGACUGCCCCAACCCGCACACAGGUGCUGGAUGAAGAGUUGGUGUCCCAGCUGGGGCUUUCUCCACGGCAGCUCUAUCACCUCCCACUCCACAUCCACCUACAGGAGCUAGUGCUGCCUGAGGGCCCCCUCUGUGCCCCCCUUCCACCCUACUUUCUGCACACUCUGCGUUGCCUGGGGCUGCCUGAGCACUAGGAGCCCUAAUGCUGCAGGGGGACACCCACUUCAUCCUUCUGCUCUCUGCCACCCCAUUAAAAUCUGCUCCUGCUGCCUGGGUGGCUCAACA